GGCGCUACCUAUGCUACUGCAAGAUAGAUACAUGGACAGCCAACGGCACCAAACGGACCGAAGUCCAACACAGGGAGGAUGCCAUCGAUUAUCGUGGUGGCACAGCAAAACUCUUACCACCACUGGCACAGUUUGCCCAUGGCCGAGUGAGCAGCCCAGCCAGUCGCACCCAUCCACGUCGGCCGGUAGACUCAGCGCCGUCAUGGCAUGGCCCUUGUGAUGUGCGCUCAUCUCCAUGACAGCUUUGUGAGAAUCAAGUUGGAGGGGUUGCGCUCGACAAGUCAGAAAUCCAUGCAUCAUCAUCAUCAUCCAUAAGGUACUGCGGUGUGGUGGACUGAUAUCCAUAAUACCGCCAGUGGCAUCGACGGGCUAACCCGCUUUGGUCCCUAGCGUCAAACGCGCAUCCAUCAUCGGCUUCGAUACCCCGUCUUGCCGUUCCCGAGAACCACAUCCUCUUCCUAACCGUCCACAAGAUGCCGCUGCCCGUCUCUUCGUCGGCUCUCCCGUCUUUUCGGAAGCAACAUCUUCUUGUUGAGUUCUCCAGCCUGCGCUAUGCACAGCUCGACGGCGUCUUCGUGACCAUCACGCCAGGCGACCCGUCUCUAUGGGUCGGCGUUAUAUUCGUUCGAAAAGGUCCCUAUGCGCCGGCAGUCCUGCGCUUCCAAAUCUCCUUCCCGCCCACCUAUCCUACUCUGCCACCCCUGGUGACCUUUUCUACCGAUGUUUUCCACCCCCUGCUCACGCCACUGACAACGUAUACUUACACGACUGGUUCUUCGGAUACCGACACGGUCAGUGCUACGGAUGAGGAGAGACUACCACCGGGGGGCUUCAGUCUCCGUCACGGCUUCCCGCACUGGUUUGGCCGAGCCCGAAGAUCUGCACCCAGUUCUCGCGACGUCAGUGGAUCAGAGUCCAGCAAUGCUACUUUUGGGAGUGCUAGUGCCCCUCUAGCUACCACAAAAAUCUCCAUCGUGAGCAUCUUAGAGUACAUUCGUGCAACCUUCAAUGAAGAAUCCGUUCUAGACUCUCUUCCCCUCGAGGCUGCGGCAAACCCGGGGGCUUAUCAUGCGUGGAGGACGUACCGACGCCCUGUCUUGCAAGCUCAGCAGUCUUCUGCCUCGACGUCGCCAAGCCUCGAACCAACAGAGAAAAUGGCGGAACCUUCAGCACUGGGAAGGAAUCGCCAGCCAGGAGCGUGGAACUGGGAGGGCGUGUGGGAGGAGCGCGUUGGGAAAGCAGUCAAAGCCAGUCUUUCUGAACCUGUGCUGUUCGGUACUGGCGCUGGGGAAGAUAUAAUUCGCUUCCGUGAGGGUGACCAGGACACCAUGGAGAAGAUGAGAGAGCAGCUGCAGAUGGCCGCUUCCAGAACUGCGGAGGCAUAAAAUCUAUCAUUCUCCGGGAGAGUGAAAAGAGCUGGUCUGCCAUCAAGUCGGAAACAUUGAGUAGCAACUGGUUGAGCGCAGGCAAUGCAUCAACACUAGAAUAUGAUACCCCAAUAUAAGUAUGACCAAAACGACUCGAAACACUGACCGGGCACGACAUGUGCUCGCAUCUUCAUGCAGUUGCUACAUGGUGCUAAGAUGCGUGUUCUGACCGUCCCGCACACCA